AAUUACCCUUUUUUUGAAGAGCAAUAAAAUGUUCCAAAUGUCUUUAAGUGGCAGCUAGAAGGGAUCUUAAUAAACGGUGGCCUGGUAGUGUCCAUGCCAGGCCUGAAGGGGGCAGCGGUGGCAGUGGCGGUGGCGUACCGUGCAAAGUAAAGCGUUUGUCAUGGGCUCCAAAAUGGCGACCUCACAGUGGGGUCAAUUGAAUUGUAUUUAUUGAUCAUCCAGGCAUCAAAUAAGUGAUUAAAACAACAAAGAAACAAAGGAGUCGACACAUUUCAAGAAAGACAACAAGAGGAAAGCAACGGAAACCCAAUCCCCGACUUGUACCGGGCUCCUUAAUGAAGCUCCUGACCUGUCAAUCACCCCGUGUCCUCUGAUGUCCUGGUGGACCUCCCACUUGCUCCGGAUUAAACCUCAAGGCCACAUGGCCCGUCUGAUCGGCGUCUUUAUAAGGGAAUCACACACAGGCCCCUCCUCCUCCAGUCCUCCAGACUUCAGUUCCAGGUUGUGGGAACUCCCUGCUUGAUGAUCCGGAGGAGGGGGUCUUGGAGCUCAGUACGGUGGAGGCGUGGGUCUGGAGCGCACACAAGAGCUGACGGUGCGUUCACGUCCCUGAAGUGCUUUGCUUUCAGCCUAGUCAACCCGCAGGGAUGCAGUUGUAGCAAGAAAGAAAAAACAUUCCAAAAAAAAGAAACCAAACCUGCAAGACUCUUCUUGCGAAUUGAAACCAACUUUUGAGUGCACUUUGAAGUACAAUGUGCUCCGGGAGCAUUCGCGCAAAAACGCCGGGGCAUGGCGCCAUCGCUGCCCGCUCGCUGCUGUGCCUCGCCGGGCUCCUGCUCGCGUCGGCUCCGGGCUGUGGAGGCUUCAACCUGGAUGUGGACAAUCCGUCGGUUUACAGCGGAGCCCCGGGAAGCUACUUUGGAUACGCGGUGGACUUUUAUUUAGCCGAUUCGUCCAGCGCCAGCGUGGUGGUGGGCGCCCCGAAGGCCGACACCAAGCAGAGCGGCAUUGUGGAGGGAGGCUCGGUGGCCUACUGCCCGUGGAGCCUUGGCCAAUCAGAUUGUCACACCAUCGAGUUUGAUACAGAAGGGGAUCGCGGCUUCCUGAUCAACGACACGCAACAUCAGAUCGACUUCAAGUCACACCAGUGGUUUGGCGCCACCGUGCGUUCCCACGGCGACACAAUUCUGGCUUGCGCACCGCUCUACUCAUGGCGGACUGAAAAGGACGUAGCCCGAUCCGACGCCACCGGCACUUGUUACCUCUCUGUUCAGAACUUCACCAAAUUUGUGGAGUACGCCCCCUGCAGAACAGAAAUCAGCGAUGAGGGAGGACAAGGCUACUGUCAAGGAGGAUUCAGCGCCGACUUCACCACGGACGGCCGGGUGGUGUUGGGCGGGCCGGGCAGCUACUUCUGGCAGGGUCAGGUGAUCUCGGCAGAUAAGGAGGACAUCAUUAAGACGUACUACCCGGGCUAUUUCAUGCAGUCUGUGGACGGUCAGAUCCAGACCAAACAAGUCCAGGCUGAACACGAUGACAGCUACCAAGGCUACUCUGUGGCUGCGGGCGACUUCAGCGGAGAUCAAGUAGAAGAUUUUGUGGCGGGCGUUCCAAAAGGAGUCAUGCUUUACGGAUUGGUGUCCAUCCUGAACGGAACAGACUUGAAGACUAUGAUUAACUACACUGGCGAGCAGAUGGGAUCCUAUUUUGGCUACGCGGUAGCGACCACCGACGUCAACAGCGACGGGAUGAUGGACCUGCUGGUGGGCGCACCCAUGUUCAUGACGCGGGGCUCCGACGGCCGCCUGGAAGAAAUGGGCCGGGUCUACGUUUACCUGCAACGCGCUCCCCUGAGCCUGGAGCUCCGCCUACCUAACCUUACCGGCUCUCAGGUGUUUGGGAGAUUUGGCAGCACCAUCGCGCCGCUGGGAGAUCUCAACCAGGAUGGCUUCAAUGACGUGGCUGUCAGCUGUCCAUUUGGUGGAGAGGACCAGCAAGGCUUGGUCUACAUCUACAACGGCUUCCCCCAGGGUCUCCGAGAGAAGCCAUCCCAGGUGAUCGCGGGCCAAUGGGCCGCAGGUUCCAUCCCCGCCAGCUUUGGCUUUGCACUCCGAGGAGCUGAGGACCUGGACAGGAAUGGGUACCCGGAUCUGAUUGUUGGUGCUUUUGGCAUUGAUAAGGCAGUUCUCUACAGAUCCCGACCCAUCGUCAACACCAGCGCCUCCCUGUCGGUCUACCCCACCAUGAUCAACCCCGAAGAGAAGAACUGCAUCAUCACCCAAGGGAACACCAGCGUGGCCGUUUCCUGCGUCAACCUGAGUUUCUGCUUGUCCGCCGACGGGAAGCACCUACCAGACGUCCUCGUUUUCCAGGUGGAGGUGCAGCUGGACAGUCAGAAGUUCAAACAGAAAGGGGCGGUCAAGCGCGCUCUCUUCCUGGACUCCCAGCAGCCUUUGCUGCAGAGGAGCGUUAGGGUGGGCCGCGGCGAGGAAGUGUGCGAUCACACCAAGAUCUACCUCAGAGACGAGAAGGACUUCAGGGAUAAACUGUCCUCCAUCUUUGUGGCCUUGAACUUCAGCCUGGAUCCCGGUGCUGCCACCGACUCGCACGGCCUGCGGCCGAUUCUCAACUAUCAAAACGCCAACGUGAUUGAGCAGAAGGCUCAGAUUCUGCUGGACUGUGGAGAAGACAACAUCUGCGUUCCCGAUUUGAAGCUGGCGGUCCACGGGGACAGGAAGGAAGUGUACCUGGGCGACGAGAACGCCCUCACCCUCACCUUCAACGCCAGGAACGAGGGCGAGGGCGGCGCCUAUGAGGCGGAUCUCUACGUGGUGCUGCCCCCCGAGGCCGACUACAGCGGCAUCGCCCGCAAUAACGACAGCUUGACCCAGCUGACCUGCAGCUACGAGACCGAGAACCAGACCCGAUACCUCAGCUGCGACCUGGGAAACCCCAUGAAGUCUGGAACCAGCCUGUGGGCAGGUCUUCGCUUCACAGUUCCUCGCCUGAAGGACACGCACAAAACCGUCCAGUUUGAGCUGCAGAUUCGCAGUAAGAACGAGGACAAUUCCCACAGCGAGGUGGUGUCAUACAAGCUGGAGGUGGUGGUCCAGGCUGAGGUCAUCCUGCAAGGGGUGUCUCGGCCUGAUAAGGUCUUCUUCCCGCCCGCCAACUGGAAGGUGACCAAGAACUACGCAGUGGAGCAGGAAGUGGGGCCGGCCGUGGAACACAUCUAUGAGCUGGUGAACAACGGGCCCAGUCGCAUCAGCCACACCCUGCUGGAGCUGCGCUGCCCGCUGGCCGCCCAGGGCCACGCUCUCCUCUACCCCCUGGAGUUCUCCACCGAGGGCCCCAUCAACUGUACUGCCGACGCCAACGUGAACCGCCUCCGUCUCAAGCUGCAGCACACGCCGACAGAACCGCCUCACCUGGCUCUCAAAGCGCCCGAGCAUCGCGUGGAGAGGAGGGACGUCCACAGGAACAUCCCGCUCGCUCACCUCACCAACCUGUCGUGUUCCAAUGUGGACUGCUGGGCCCUGCAGUGCCAGGUGGGCCUCCUGGAGAAGGGGACCACCGCCAUCCUCAAAGUGCGCUCACGCGUCUGGGCGGAGACCUUCGUGGAGAGAGCCUACAAGCAGUAUGUGCUAGAGUGUGUUGCCAGAUACAGCGUGAAGACCAUGCCCUACGCCAUCAAGCCCAAACAUGUUCCCAGUGGUCACAAAAAGGUGGUGACUCCAGUGGUUUGGAACAAGCCUGAUAUCGACAACUCCGUCCCGCUGUGGAUCAUCAUCCUAGCCAUCCUGGCGGGUUUGCUGCUCCUCGCCCUGCUCAUCUACGUCCUAUACAAGUUGGGCUUCUUCAAGCGGUCCCUCCCGUACGGCACGGCCAUGGAGAAAGCCCAGCUCAAACCUCAGGCCGCCUCCGAGGCCUGAGAGGACGCCUUCAGAACCUGCAGAACCUACAGACCCAGGCCACGUGAUUGCAAGCGAAGACCACUGGAACUCGUGCGGACAGAAGACAAUAAGACAAUCCUUCAAACCAAAUGAAUGUUUUUUUUUUCCAUGUUGUUUUCGCCCCAAGAGCAUGCUGGGAAAGAAAAGCCACCAGCAUCCAAAGAGGAAAACGCGGGUAUGAAAAACUGCUUGGGGUCCAUCCAUGGAGACCAUGAUGACCAUGAUGAUGGUGGUCUCGGGUGUGAGGACGUGCUUGCAUCGCUUGAGUUGUUUUUGCACUCAAAGGAUAUCUACUGAUUCGCUUACAAAGACGCCAAAGACUCCGCCCCCCCUUUUUUUUUAUGUUCUCAACUUGCCUGCUACUGAUCGCUUUGUUCCUCAAGACUUCUCCAGGUGCUUCUUUUUGUGGGCUGACUCGAAGGUGGCAAUCGGCAGCCUGGUAGCGUGUUAAGCGUCAGCGUCACCAGCACGUUGUUACUGUGACAAAGUACUCAUGGAAGUACUUAACUAGUAAUUUAUGACAGCCCGCUAGCAAAAAGACUGCAGUACUCCACUUGGAUCAGCUUGUCUUUGGUGUAAAUAUUUGCUGACACGCGUUGGUUGGUUGGUUGGUUGGUGUGAACGCUUUAUUUAUGAAUGAUUGUUUUUAGCCUAUCAGCUCCCGAGGCCUCCUGCUUAGCCCCGCCCCACUCUUGCCAGAUCCGGACAGUAUCAUGAAGUAUCACAUGAAAUAUCUGCAGUGCAGGUGUCAUUGGGCCUUAACCAUCACCAUGCAAUGACUUGGGUAUAAUGUAGCAUUGCCAUUGUCAGCUUAGUGAAAGUAUCGCAGUACAAUCCAUCGUUUUUGGAAGUGGUAAAACACUUUUGUCAUCAAUACUGUUCUCACAAUGUGAUACUAUCGACACAAGUGUAGACGCUUCGCAAUAUCAUCAUCGCAGUCAAGGUAUUAUGAUGAUAAUGAUGCCAUUGGUGUAGCUGUAUCACGAUGCUGUUAUUAUCAAUCUAGAAAUAUCACAAUGCUAUUGCAAUACUACGGCCAGCAAUGUAGCAGUAUCACCAACAUAUACACCAUGAUAGCGAUAGUAUCGCACUACUCUGACAUGGAUGACUAUCAGCAUCGAUGUUGCGAUACUAUUGUGUGCUAUAAGUGUACCUUUGACAUUUGUGUAGGCUCAUCACGAUACUAUUGUCAUCAAUAUAGAAAUAUCAUGAUACUAUUGUCAUUGAUGUUGAAGUAUUGUGAUAUCGAUGUCCAAGUAUCAUGAUACUAUUAUUAUGAUGCUAUUAUUAUAAUAAAAGUAGGAAUAUCGCUAAGCUACUGUCAUUGAAAAGUGUUGCGAUACUAUUGUCAUUGAUGUCAAAGUAUGAUGAUAUUAUUGUCAUAAAUGUAGAAGUAUUCUGAUACUACUGUCAUUGAUGCAGUAGUUAGGUGAUACUAUCAUCAUAAAUGCAGAAAUAUUGCAAUACUAGUGUCAUCGAUGUUGAAGUAUUGUGAAACUACAGUCAUAAAUGUAGAAAUAUCAUAAUGUUAUUAUCGAUGUUGAAGCAUUGGGAUACUUCUGUUGUCAUAAAUGUAGAAUAUUGUGAUACUAUCGUCAUCAGUGUUUAAGUAUUGCAACGCUAUUGUCAAAUGUAGAAUAUCGUGAUACUAUUGUCAUCAGUGUUUAAGUAUUGUGAUACUAUUGUCAUCAAUGUUUAAGUAUUGUGAUACUAUUGUCAUCAAUGUUUAAGUAUUGUGAUACUAUUGUCAUCAAUGUUUAAGUAUUGCAACGCUAUUGUCAAAUGUAGAAUAUCGUGAUACUAUCGUCAUCAGUGUUUAAGUUUCGCAAUACUAUUGUCAUAAAUGUAGGAAUAUCACGAUAUCAUUGUCAUCAAUGUCCAAGGGUCAUGAUAUGAUUGUCAUAAACGUACAAUAUCGUGAUACUAUCGUCGUGGAUGUUUAAGUAUCGCAAUACUAUUGCCACAAAUGUAGAAAUAUCGUCAUACCAUUGUCACCGAUGUACAAGUAUCAUGAUACAAUUGCCAUUGAUGGAGAAGUAUCACGAUACUAUUGCUCUUUAUGGUCAGGUAUUACGAUACUACUGUCAUUGAUGUACAAGUGUCAUGAUACUAUUGUCAUUAAUGUAAAAAUAUCGCAAUACGAUUGUCAUCUAAUUUGAAGUAUCGCAACUCUAUUGUCAUUGAUGUCCAAGUAUCAUGAUACUAUUGUCAUUGAUGUUGAGGUAUCACAACACUAUUGUUGUCUAUAUUCAGGUAUCACAAUACUACUGUCAUUGAUUUACAAAUAUCAUGAUACUAUUGUCGUGAAUGUAAAAAUAUCACAAUACUAUUGUCAUCAAUUUUGAAGUAUCGCGAUACUUUUGUCAUUUACGUACAAGCCACUAUUGUUAUUCAUGUUGAAGUAUCACAAUACUAGUGCUGCCUAUGUUCAGGUAUGACGAUACUACUGUCAUUGAUGUACAAGUAUCAUGAUACAAUUGUCGUAAACGUAAAAAUCUGGCAAUACUAUCGUCAUUGACGUCAAGUACGAUGAUGUGGUCAUGAAAGGCGGGCCAAGCAGGUGCUGGGAGUUUAAUGUUGUUUAAUUGUGCAAUAUUUAUAUACGUUUUGGAUUUGUUUGAAAUAGUAUUUGGUUUUUGUGGUAUUGCCAGAACUUGAUUGAAGUCAGUGUCGUUUGUGAUAAGCACAUAUUUCAAUCUGCAGGUAGUGGAUUUCCACUUCUUCUUUUUAAGGAUUUUUUUGGACCACUUUCUUGUUUUUGGACUGCAUUGAUGCGGAAAACAAACCCCGGCGAGCUGAUGAAUUGUGCGCUGUUGGCUUUGCAUGCAUCCUAACAUCUCCCAUUCAUUUUAUGCUUAUCACGCUUUAAAGUGGUUAUUUCUCAAAGAACACGCUUUAAAGUGAUUAUUUGUCAAGGACAGGCUGUCGCUUCCAUUCUUCCAUCAUUCAAGGCACUGCCCCCCACCCUCAGCCCCCCUUCCCUUUGUAUUUUAUUGUCCUUUUUUUCUCCCCACUGCUUUAAAACCAUGUUGUACAUAUUUAAGACAAGGACGCUUUUUUCUGAACUUGUCCAUUUUCUCACCCCAUAUUGGGGGAUUUUUUUUUUUUCCCCCUGGAGGAGGUCCUGAUGUGAUUUGCAAAGUGUCAACCUUGUACGGUUUGUAUUUUAAAUAAACUAUUUCUCUUUUUA